UCAGUAAUCCUUCCGGACAAUCGAGUAGCGAGCGAAUAAGCAAAUGUUUGUCUGCUUUUUGGUGGUUGUUCUAAAAACGGGGGAUGGUCUCUAGUAGUAUCCAAAUGAGUGACCGUUGUGGUUGAGGUGGGGAGCCACUCCGUAGUAAGGCGGCGAGAGACAGAGAGAGGCUAUGCUAUGCAAGCAAGCAAAUGUUCCCAACAACGAAAAAGAAAAAAGAACACCAGGAAACAAAGCAAGAGUCAAAGACAGACUAGAAAAACCCACACAGAUAAGGAAAUCUGGUUUCUAAACGAGGGACAGGCUGCCGGAAGCAGAACACAGGGGAAAAAAAAAGAAAACGAAAAAAAAAACAAAAAGAGAAGUGCUUUCUCUAUAACAUUGGGCGGGGAACAGGGACGACGAGGUGGAGGGCGAGAGAAAGAGGAGGGAAAAGAAAGAGAGAGGAAGAGGGGGGAGGAGGGAGAGAGAUCUCUUUUUUUACGUGGAUCGAGAAUGAAGAAACGAAGCGGCCAGUGGGGGGGGGGGUGUUGUGUCCCUUUGGGGGAGGUGUGGAGGAGAUAAUAUAUUCAAGAAAUUGAACUCCAAUUCGCCCUGUUUUUGUGGCUCAAAGGGGGAGAAAACUGAAGAGAGAGACACGACAAGCUGCUGACAGAGU